AUGUAAUGUGCACCGCGCCCUGGAGACUCAGGUACCCGCAGGGCUGCGCUCCAUCGCUUCCUUGUUUGGACGCGUAUAGCGGGCGGCGCUUUGGGUGUGGAUCUAUAAAUCUAGCGGAUCACUGCAGUCUGACGAGAGUCUAACGGUCCUCUGCUUCAACUCCGCUCACAAACAUCAGGAAACAUGAACAAACUCUUGCUCGGAAUCUUUGCAGUUGCGCUUUAUUUCGCAAUGGGUCAGGCGCUGCAGUGUUAUGAGUGUAAACUGGGUUUCUGGAAACUUUGCUUUACAACCAAAAAGACGUGUGUGGCUGGUGAGCACUGCUACAGCGGGGUAGGGAAAGCUGCUGGAUUAGUGGAUAUUAAGAAAAAAGGAUGUCUUGAAGUGUCCAGAUGCAACAAAACUGAACAGGUGAAUUUCCCGUCCAACUCAAGCACCCAGGUAUACCAGAUGACGAAGACGUGCUGCUCUGCUGACCUGUGUAACUCGGCUCCGGGUCACUUUCACGUGUCUGCCGUCAGCAUGGCAUUCGCUGCCAUCAGCUCUGUGUUCACGCUCAAAUUCCUCAUCUGAGGAGGAUUAGUUCAGCUCACACACAAUAUAUAUAUAUACACAACAUCACUGAGCAAAUCAUGCAUACUAAACAAGCCAAAUUAAUUUGUUGCAAAACCAUUUAUGGAAUGAUUACUCAAAAUAGGUCACACACUGGAAUAUGAAAAGUUUUCAGUAAAUUUCCAAGUAGUGAUAAGUUCAACAUACCAUCAAUUUAACAUUUCUCUACAUAGAAACAUAGCAGGGAUUAAUUUAAUGUCAGCAAUGAAAACUAUUCUGGCUAUAGAUAAGCACUUCACCCAACUAACAUUCAUUAAAACCAGCAAUAUACAGUUUUUAAUACAAUUACACAUACACACACAUAUGUCAGCAUGCAAUCAAACAGAUUGUUUUACCUUUCUUUAGGGGCGUUUGAAUGAUACCCUUAAUAAUAAUAAUAAUAAUAAUAAUACCCUAAAUAAACCUUUUUUGAUAGCAGUUUGCUGUGUAUUUUUAUUAUUUUAUUUCUCCUGAUGUCUCUGCGUUUCACUUAUAUUACAUGGUCUCCUAAUAAGACCAGAGGGUUUGGCUGUCAAAUCAUAAUUGCAUGAAUGAAGCUUAUGAAAUCAUUUAGUUUAAAUGUUGGGGGGUUUAUCCGAUGUAUUGUACAUGCCUAUUCAUUUACACAGGACAUUCUUCAUUUUUAAACAUAAGGUUCAUCAAAGCCAUUUUUGUAAAAUUUGUAAAGCUAUCAACGUGGUGUUUUUAUAUUUUGUUGAUUUGUUUGGUAAAGAUGAUAUUCUUUAUUGAAAUAAAUGUACGAAAAGGGCAAGAAUGAAUGUUUUUCUGGAGGUCUGCCGUCAGUAGCCUCCACUGAACGCUGUGGCCUGCUUUGACAAAUGACCUGUUUUAGUUGCCAUCAUGAUGUGUGUAUAAAUUGCAAAUAUAAGAGCAAUAAAAUUGUUUAUCUCCUGUGGUUUGUUA